GGAGGCUUGAUAAAGGCGAUACACUGCUCAGUGGUGUUCUCAGUGAAGCUGCCAUCUACCGAAGGGUCAAGGUGGGAGGACGGUGGGAGCAGGGGGGAGUCGAGCAGGUGGCGGAGGAGGGAUGCUCUGGGGAACGCCCCUUGUCUGGCUCUGUGGAUGUUUUUCGUAGGUCUCGUGGGCUCCCCAAGCUGAAGGAGUCGACUUCCCAUGAGUCUUUGCUGAGCCCAGGCAGCGCGGUGGAGGCUCUCGACUUGAGCAUGGAGGAGGACGUGUUCAUCAAACCUCUGCACUGCAGCAUUCUGGGACAGGAGUUCUGCUUCGAGGUGACGUAUUCAGGCGGCAGUAAAUGCUUCAGCUGCACUUCGGCCUCAGAGAGAGACAAGUGGAUGGAAAACCUGCGGAGGACGAUUCAGCCCAACAAGGACAACUGUCGACGGGCGGAGAACCUGCUGCGACUGUGGAUCAUCGAAGCCAAAGACCUGCCACCCAAGAAGAAAUAUUUCUGUGAGCUGUGUCUGGACGACGUCCUCUAUGCCCGCACCACCAGCAAGACCCGUCACGACAGCCUGUUCUGGGGCGAGCACUUCGACUUCUCCAGCCUGCCAGCUGUACACAGCGUCACCGUACACAUCUACCGCGACGUGGACAAGAAGAAGAAGAAGGACAAGAACAACUACGUGGGCCUGGUCAACAUCCCGGUGUCGGGCGUGACGGGUCGGCAGUUUGUGGAGAAGUGGUACCCGGUCAGCACGCCCACCACCAGCAAGGCCAAGGGAGGGGGGCCAUCGAUCCGCAUAAAGUCCCGCUUCCAGACCAUCUCCAUCCUGCCCAUGGAGCAGUACAAGGAGUUCGCUGAGUUCAUCACCAACAACUACACCAUGCUGUGCUCGGUGCUGGAGCCCGUCAUCAGCGUCAAGAACAAGGAGGAGAUGGCCUGCGCUCUGGUCCACAUCCUGCAGAGCACCGGGAGGGCGAAGGACUUCCUGACGGACCUAGUGAUGUCGGAGGUGGAUCGAUGUGCCGACCACGACGUCCUGAUCUUCAGGGAGAACACGUUGGCCACCAAGGCCAUCGAGGAGUAUCUGAAGCUGGUGGGACAGAAAUACCUGCACGACGCGCUCG